AUGGGUUUCGGUGAGAAAUGGAGAGGUUGGAUGGAAAAGUUAGUGUUCAAAAGUCAUAUGUCUGUUCUUGUGAAUGGUAGCCCGACAAAGGAUUUUGAGGUUGGAAAGGGUUUGAGGCAAGGAGAUCCUUUGUCGCCUUUUCUAUUUGUGGUAGUGGUGGAAGGACUAACGGGGUUAAUUAGGAAAUCCAUAGAAGUGGGUGAAUUUGAAAGCUUUUCUAUCCAUCGGAAGUGUGAGGUGGAUAUUCUUCAAUUCACGAAUGAUACACUUUUGGUGGGGAAAGGUACUUGGAAAUAUGUGUGGGCGAUUAGAGCGGCUCUAAAGUCUUUUGAGUUGGUGUCGGGUUUGGGAAUUAACUACCACAAAAGGAUUCCGGUAGGUUUCAAUCCGAGGAACUUUGAGACUUGGAGGCCGCUCAUUUCCAAGUUGAAAAAUCGGUUGGCGGGGUGGAAAAAUAGGUUCCUUAAUAUUGGCGGUAGAAUAACUCUAGUUGGAGGGAGGUUCAUCGUUCAUAAUGGGUUUAAUACUCCUUUUUGGGAAGCGAGGUGGUUAUGUGGUUUGGUUUUGAAGGAAGAAUUCACGAGCCUUUUCGAUGUAUCUUGCUUGAAAGGUGUAUCGGUAGCAUGUAUGGGAGGAUGGGUGGAGGAUAAGUGGACUUGA